AUGGUACACUUCCUGCCUCGUUGGGGAACUUGUCUUCACUCACCCACCUCCGGAAACUUCCUCAGUGGCUCCAUACCUCCAUCUUUGGGGAAUUUAUCGUCCCUCCAAUCACUAUAUUUGGCGGAUAAUAUGUUAUCAGGUCAAAUUCCUAAAGAAUUGGGGAACCUUUCUAAUCUCCUUGAGAUGACCUUGCACUUGAAUGAACUCACUGGUCAGCUUCCACCAGAACUUGAAAGACUGAGAUCUCUUAUUGCUUUAGUGUUGAGCUCCAACAAGUUGACUGGACAACUGCCGAGAAACUAUGCCAACUUUACGAAAUUGUGGAUCUUUAGCGUAGCUGGGAACCGCUUGACUGGUCAAAUACCGAGGUUCAUUGCAAAUUGGACUCAACUCUCUGACCUGUAUCUCUCCGGAAAUGAUUUUGAAGGGCAGCUGCCUCAAGAACUUUUUAACCUGUCCAAACUUGAGUACUUGGUGGUUAGUGAUGUCAGAAGCUCGGGCUUCUCUUUCCCAGAACGUGCAAAUAUGACCAAAAUAACUUACCUAGACUUGAGCUUUAACAAUUUAACAGGUGGAAUACCAGAUUCCAUGAAAAAGCUGAACUUCAACGAUUCCUUGUACAUAAAUUGUGGAGGCAUACAAAAUGUUUUUGAGGAGAAACUGUUUGAUGGAGACAGUGCAACAUCCAAUUUCUAUACCGCUCCAAAAAAAAAUUGGGCUUAUGCUUGUUCUGGAGACUUCGAUUCAGAAACUGAUGAUUCCAGCGAUUACAUAAAAAACGUGGAAUGUGCAGUUUGUGAUACUGCCGAGACAUUUUUGUACAACUCAACUCGCUUCUGCCCACUUUCUCUGACAUAUUACGGGUUCUGUUUAUUUAAAGGACAUUACACCGUGAGACUUUACUUCGCUGAAAAUGUUUACCAAAAUGAUGAAGGUCAUGCAAGUUUGGGGAGACGUGUGUUUGAUGUAUAUAUGCAGGGGAAGAGAAUAUUGAAGGACUUCAACAUAAAAGAAAGGGCGAGAGGAGCAGAUAAGCCAUGGACUCAAAAUUUCACAGCAUUUGUAGGAGAUGAUAAUCUAUUAGAGAUCCAUUUUUUUUGGGCUGGCAAAGGAUCUUUCCUGGAGCCAUCUUUUCGCUAUAAAUCUUCUCCACUGUCUCUAACUGGACCUCUUGUGUCAGGCAUUUCCGUAACAGCAAAUUUCGAAGUUCGCAAGAAACUAUCUCCUUCAAAAAUCGCUGGGAUUACAGUAGGUUCAGUAUUUGCUCUUCUGCUUUUGUUGGCUUUUAUGUGGAAAAUGGGCUGGCUGCGGAAAAGUGAGCUAGAUGAAAUAAUUAUAGAGGUCCAAGGAAGAUCUUUCACCCUCAAAAAAAUAAUCGACGCUACUCGAAAUUUUAGCCCCAAAAAGGAGAUUGGCAAGGGGCGUUUUGGAAUAGUAUACAAGGCCGAAUUGUCAAAUCAGAUUAAACUAGCAGUGAAGAAGAUUUCCCCUCAAACAAAGCAACAAGGAAAAGAUGAAUUACAGAGGGAAAUCUACAACCUGAAAUCCUUGCGUCAUGAGAAUCUUGUUCAAUUGUUGGAUGGCUAUUCUAAGAAAGGCCUGAAUCUGUUAGUGUAUGAAUACAUGGAAAAGGGCUCCCUUCAUCACACCUUGUUUGAGCCAAAUUCCACAACAAAACUUGAUUGGGAAGCUAGAUAUGACAUCUGUUUGGGGAUAGCAAAAGGUUUGAAGUAUCUACAUGAAGAAAAAAGGUUCAAGAUUGUUCAUGGAAACAUAAAAGCUAGUAAUAUUAUGCUCGAUAAAAAUCUUACUGCCAAGUUAUCUGACUUUGGAUUGGCAACGCUUUAUGAUGAGGAAGAUCCAUUUAUGACUAUCAAAGCAAAAGGAUUGCGUGGAAAAACUGGUGCAGAAUAUAAACCCAAUCAAGAAGCUGAUUUUCUUCUAGAUACUGCUGGUGUUUUAUACGAACAAGGAAGGAUUCUUGACUUGGUUGAUAAGAAAUUAUCAUGUAGUUAUGACCGGAAACAAGCCCUCAUUCUUUUGCAUUUAGCUAUUAAGUGUGUUAAUCUGUCUCCUACUCUCAGACCUAAAAUGUCUGAAGUCAUCAGUGUACUUACAGGUGAGAAAAAUAUUCAACAGAUUUCCCAAGGCGAUACUCCCUUAGAAAAUAUUGGAGGUUCGUGUGAUACAUCUUCGAGGGUGCCGGAAAUAAAUCCAACUCCUUAG